AUGUACGAAGGGAUUGACAACCUGAAAUCCCUUUACGACCGUGCCGGGAAGACUUUCUCCGGCGGUCCUUCUGUGGCACAGGAUGUGCCGCGUCGUACUGCUCAACCAGACCCAGUACGUCAACCAUCAGUUGGGAGCGGGGCUCCCAAGAAUCCCAGGACGGGGGAUAGCCGCGCCACCGGACGAGAUAACUCGUCCGACUUCCGUUCACGUCGCGGUGGUUCAACAGCUGCUCAACUAGAUAGCGCUGGCCACCGCGAGAGUCCUCUAAUGGAGGUGGAGGAGGAGUGA